CAAUAUGCUCUCUCAUUAUCUUCGCUUUUCUUAAUUUUACCAAAUCAAGAUAAAAGCAAUGGGUUUCCAUUUUGAUUUGGAAUCUUUUAAUCUGUGCUUUGCUUUUUGUGGGCCAGGAGGAUGUGAACAUGAGAUAGAAUACCAAGAUGUAGAUUAAGGGAAAUAUGGGGGUUUUGUGGUCUGAAACUAAAGAGAUUGAGACAUCAACCAUUGAAAAGAUCCUGCGUUUCUUCUUCUGUAAAUUUUUCCUUUUUCCUGUUUGUUUUGUAGAACUUUCUGGCUGUCUGGUUGUGGCUGUUCUGUUAGAUUUUUCACUUAUUCCUUUGUUUUUGUUCUAGGGCUUGUGUAUGUGACCCUUCCUGCAGAUUUUUUUUCUUAUUUUGCAGUCCUUUUCUCCUGUAAGUUUCUCAGGUUUGUAAGAUGUUUCUCUCCUCCUAGACCGUGUAUCUUCCAGCUUUUCCUGUUCUGUUAAUCUUUCUGGGGUUUCUGGAAUGUGGCUGUUUCUUGCGGAUUUUCCAUAGCUUCCAGUUUUUUCUUCUGGGUGGUUUCGGCUCCAUAAAUCUUUCUGGGUUUUCGGGUUGAGACUAUUUAAAAAGCAAAAAAAUCAACUCUCUCCGUCCUUUCAAUCAACAAAUCUUUUGGGUUUCUGAGUGAAGUGACUGUUGUAAAAUUUUCUUUCUAAUUUAAUUGUUAAGCCCAACCAAACCUUCCUUGGGAUUCUUGUAAUUUUUUGGAAAUGGUGAGAGGGAAGAUUCAGAUGAGGCGAAUUGAGAAUGCCACGAGCAGGCAAGUGACCUUCUCGAAACGCCGAAACGGGCUGCUGAAGAAGGCGUAUGAGCUAUCGGUUCUCUGUGAUGCUGAAGUUGCUGUGAUCAUUUUCUCACAGAAAGGAAGGCUCUACGAGUUUUCCAGUUCCAACAUGCAAAGUGCGAUAGAACGAUACCGUGAACAUGCAAAACAAGUUGAAACCAACAAUCCAGAAUUGGAGCAAUAUAUGCAGAAUUUGAAGCAGGAUGCAGAAAGCAUGGCAAAGAAGAUAGAGCUCCUUGAAGUUUCUCAACGGAAGCUUUUGGGACAAGGCUUGAGCUCAUGUUCUCUGGACGAAAUCCUAGAGAUUGACAGCCAACUGGAGAAGAGCUUAAAGAGCAUCAGGGCAAGAAAGGCUCAGAUAUUCCAGGAGCAGAUUGAGGAGCUAAAAGAAAGGGAGAAACAACUGCUAGAAGAAAAUGCAAGGUUAAGUCAAAAGGACACAAGGCAGUGGCAACUCUCAGCACAACCAAGUGAAGGUGUAACCUACAGCCAAAGCAGUCCAAGUUCUGAAGUGGAGACCGAGUUGUUCAUCGGCCUGCCAGAAAUGCGCUGCUCAUGACCAAGUGGGGACUUGCUGAUGUUCUUGGCCACAUUUCCAGACCGUGAUUUGCAGUGUCUAUUUUCAAUUUCAACAUCAAAUAAUUGCACUCGCUAAUCAUCUGAGUGGCAGCAUUCAAUAAACAAGAAUAAUGUAGUGUUAAGAUUGUGCCUAUAGAAUAAAUUUCAAAUAUAUAUAGCAUUAAAGUUAAUGUAGUGUGAGUUUAUGCCUGCCUGAAAGAAAAAAAAAAUGUAGUGUGAAGUUGCUGGUUUGUGGAAACCCGGUUUCAUCGCCAUUAAUUAUACUCUUAAUUAGUUUUCCUUGCUCUA